AUGGUGUCGGCUUCGGACAACAGCAUCUUGGCCGCCAUCAAACUGAACGACACUGGAUUUUUGCAGCUGCUGGCUGAGAACGGAAGUCUACUCGGGUCUCACAACAGCACGGGUCAAACACCCUUGCAUCUUGCCGCGCAGCUAGGCCGGGAGGACUGUGCCCGCAUUCUCCUGUCAGCUGAGCCAAAUAUCACGGAACAACCACGAGACGUGAACGGGAAGACACCCCUGAUGAUGGCAGUCGAAUACGAGAACCUUGGCGUGGCCAAAGCGCUUCUUGAACAUGGGGUUAAUGUCGACACAGUCAAUAAGCAAGGCUCAGCUCUGUCACGAGCUGUUACUUACGGACUGGCUGACUUUGUGAAAGAACUGAUCGAUCACAACGCGAAGGUUGAGAACCCCGAUUACUAUGAAACCCCACUGCUUUACGUGGCCGCCCGAAACGGAGACGAAAGAGCUAUCGGGGCGUCGCUUACUGUCUCCGGAAUUGACGUUAAUGUGAAGGACAGUUCUGAUGGAGACUCCCCGCUUCUCGCUGCCUCAGCCAGGGGCCAUGAAUUGAUUGUACAGAUGCUCUUGGACAAGAAGGUUGAUGUACACGCUGUCAACAAAAAGGGCGAAACAGCCCUCCAUCGGGCUUGCUUCUCGGGACAUACGGAGGCAGCCCGGAUCCUGCUUGCUGCCGGCGCUGACUCGGACAUCAAGCUGCAAGACUCGGAUGGUGACACGCCACUUCAUUCGGCAUCACGCCGUGAUGACUUGGGCAACUUGGAAAUCGCACGCGAGCUGAUGAAGAACCAUGAGGGUCGCACUCCACUACACUUAGCAAUGGCGGCAGAUUCGGACGACCUCUUUGAAUUCCUCCUUGAUGCGGGUGCCGAUUUCGGUACUGCCGACUCGAAAGGUAAUACAAUCCUGCAUAAUGCCGCAUCGGAUGGCAAGUGGAAGUUCUGUCAUACUCUGGUCAGCUUACGCUUCAAUGCGAAGCUCGAAGUCAAGAAUCAAGCAGGCGAGACACCACUUCUCUUGGCCGUACGACAGAACAAGCCCAAAGCCGUUGACGUGUUACUGGAGUCGGGGGCAGAUGUCAACAUCACAUGCAGAGAUGGAACCAAACCAUUGCAUCUUGCAUGCUCCAAGGGUUAUCUUGAAAUCUGCCAGACCCUGGUCAGCCGCAACGCCGAUGUCAAAUCUAAGAACAAGGAGGAAAAAAACCCACUCCACCUGGCCGUGCUAAACAACCACCUCGAUGUUGUCAAAUUUCUCCUCGACUGCGACCAAGCCCCCUACGUCGACGAGGUCACGGAAGAUGACUACACCAGCCUCCAUCUCGCCGCCGAGAAAGGUCAUUCAAGAAUCUGCGCUGCUCUCCUGGACCAUAAAGCCUCCAUGAAUAGGAUCACUGACCCGUUCAGAGGUUACGGGGACACUCCGGUCAUGUUGGGGGCGAGCUGGGGACAAAUUGACUGCCUGAAAGUGUUCAUCGGGCAUAACGUAGACCUGAACUACGAAUAUGGAGGUUACAACGCCAUAUGGAGCGCAGCAUACAGUGGUCAUGUGGAAACGGUCAAGUUCCUGCUGGAAAAUGGUGCGAGCGGGUUCCCGCCCGCAGUAUUGAAUGGAAAAUGGAAAAAGAUGACGUUUGAUUCCGUGACGGAAGCGACAAAGUCGCAGAUUCUAGGUAUUCUCAGGGAGGCGAAGCAUACAUAA